ACUCACAGACAGACAGACAGACCACCUCUAGUGAGCAGCAGGUGAAUACUGUGCGUUUACUCUCACACUGCUAACUCUAACUCACAUAUAUGCUGCACAGCCGCUUCACUAUCACAAAGCCAUCAUUUACAUCGGACAUGGUGGACACGCAGACGUUUGCCUGGCCGGUGGGAUUCGGCCUGAGCGCUCUGGAGCUGGACGAACUCGAUGACAGCUCGCACUCCAUGGGCAUGAAACCUUUCUCCACGCUGGACUACACCACCAUCUCCGGCAUCGAGUAUGAGCCGAGUCCGCCGCAGAACGAGAUGCCGCACAUGAUGGAUCUGACGCAGAUGUACAACUACAGAGCGCAGGAGAACUACAGGAUGCAGGAGAGCAUCUACAGAGCUCAAGAGAGCAGCUACACUGCUGAAGAGAGCAGCUACAGAGCACACCAACACCAAAAUUCAAUCAAACUUGAACCCGAGUCUCCUCCACAGUUCGUGGAGAACAGCCUGUCCUUUUCCAAACCUCAUGAAGAUCAGUCCACCUCCGUGUUAAACAUUGAGUGUCGUGUGUGUGGAGACAAGGCCUCUGGCUUCCAUUACGGUGUUCACGCCUGCGAGGGCUGCAAGGGAUUCUUCCGCAGGACCAUUCGCCUGAAGCUGGUCUAUGACCACUGCGACCUGCACUGCCGCAUCCACAAGAAGAGUCGCAACAAGUGCCAGUACUGCCGCUUUCAGAAGUGCCUGAUGGUGGGCAUGUCACACAACGCCAUUCGUUUUGGUCGAAUGCCCCAAGCCGAGAAAGAGAAGCUCUUGGCGGAGUUCUCCACUGACGUGGAUCACAUGCAUCCCGAAUCGGCUGAUCUCCGAGCCCUGGCCAGGCAACUCUACGAGUCCUAUCUGAAGUACUUCCCCCUGACCAAAGCCAAGGCCAGGGCCAUCCUCUCAGGGAAGACCAGCGACAACACACCUUUCGUCAUUCACGACAUGAAGUCUCUGUUGGAGGGCGAGCAGAUGAUCAACUGCCGGCAGAUGCCCAUGCAGGAGCACAGGAGGGCCGACAUGGGCGUGAUGCACGAGGUGGAGCUGCGCUUCUUCCACAGCUGCCAGUCGCGCUCGGCCGAAGCCGUCAGCGAAGUCACCGAAUUCGCCAAGAGCAUCCCCGGCUUCGUGAACCUGGACUUGAACGACCAGGUGACGCUCCUGAAGUACGGCGUCAUCGAAGUCCUCAUCAUCAUGAUGUCUCCGCUCAUGAACAAGGACGGCACCCUCAUCUCCUACGGUCAGAUCUUCAUGACCCGCGAGUUCCUCAAGAGUCUGCGCAAACCCUUCUGUGAAAUGAUGGAGCCCAAGUUUGAGUUCUCCGUCAAGUUCAACAUGCUGGAGCUGGACGACAGCGACAUGGCGCUGUUCCUGGCCGUCAUCAUCCUGAGCGGAGAUCGCCCGGGUCUGCUGAACGUCAAGCCCAUCGAGGAUCUCCAGGAGACGGUUCUUCAUUCUCUGGAGCUGCAGCUGAAGAUGAACCACCCCGACUCUCUCCAGCUGUUCGCCAAAGUGCUGCAGAAGAUGACGGACCUGCGUCAGCUGGUGACCGACCACGUCCAGCUGAUCCAGCUGCUGAAGGAGACCGAGGUGGACUGGUGCUUGCACCCGCUCCUGCAGGAGAUCAUGAGGGACUUGUACUAGUGUGUGCUCUGCAGAUGCACACUGUUUCGAUUCGGAGGUCGGUUUACUGCUCUGUUGUAGUCGGUGAAGUUUUUGCACUGUAAAAAAAAAAAACUUUUGUCAGCAGAGGAACUAGAACAGGGUGUUACGCGUUUGACAGCGGCCGCUUUGAGAUUCGUUUCAGGCUUUCCAGAGAGCCGUGCCCAAUGCAGCGGCGCUGGUUAAAGAGGACACCACCACUGUGAAGAUGUUUUACCAGCUGAUUUAAAACCACACGUGUGUUUGUGCAUUCAGAGCUCUUACAGAUAAAGCCACGCAAACAUAAGUCACACUCCAUAUUUCAUUUUUAACAAUGACAUAAAUACAGCGUUGUGCAAAAGUCUGACACCACUCUGCAAGCUAGGGAUUUUUUAUUUAACCCUUAAAUUAAGCAUUUAAGAAAAGAAAAAUAAAGAUAAGUUUUCUAAAUGACUAGAAACAUAUAAAUACAUUUUAAUUUCAAAUAGUGACAAUCACCAUGUUGAACUCAUUUAAUAGAGAUUUCUCCAAUUCUACUGAUGUAAUUUCUAAUUCGUAAAUGUUCAAGUCAUACUUGACAUGCUUCAAGACGUUAACCUGGUGAUUGUCACUCUUUUAUAUUUAAUUUAUUCUAUAUUUAAAUUAGUUUUAUUAAAAAUCAAUUAGAAGGAAGAACUUGUGGUUUCAGACUCUUAGACCCUGUUUAAUGUUUGGCCGUUAUCAAAGAGUUUCAAAGAGCGCUAACAGAGUUCACAUCUACAGGAUCUCCACAUAUACGUUUCCGAUGUUUGUUCAUUUAGGGCUACAAUAAAAGUUACUUGUCUUGGAUAGAAAAGAGAAAACUAAACACACACACACACCACUAUCAUCAGAUGAACCAAAGAGCUGGGGUUUGUCUCAAACUAUGCACAGAAUAUAUGAAUAUGUAAGCAUGUAGUUUCAUUUUAACCACUGAUAUUUGUCACAGGUGACAAUUUCCUCUUUUUUUCUUUUUGCUAAUACGUGAAGCAAACACAAGCCAUACUUAGAUUAUUUUCAUCUGCUCUUUUUGCCUUGAAUUCUGAAUUAAAUGUGUUGUCUUUAACAUAUAUGAUUUUUUUAUCUGGGGACUUUUUAUUUUUGUUUUGUUUUAUCUUUCUCAGUCAGGAUUUCUUUUCCAAAUCAUUCUAAAGCCUUAAUUUUUUUUUUAACUAAAAUUCAUAAAAUGUAUGUAAAUAAAAAAAUAAAAAGGGGAUUAUCUUUCAUAAAUUUGUAAUGACGUGUAAGCCGUUUAAUGUCGAUUGUAUUUGAAUAUGUAAAUAAAUAUUUUCAGUGAUAUGA